CGCGGAGUGGAGCCGAGCGCGCGCCGCGGCGAAAUGACUUUUUAGCCACAUAACGAUAAUUGUGAUACACAAUGCCUGAUCAGGACAAAAAGUUGAGUAGCACAGAAAAAGCAACAGACAAAAAACCUCAUGGGAUCUCUAUGAGGGAUUAUUCUGAUCUGAAAAAACUUCAGUCUCUCUUGAAUGUUCAGUCAAGGAACCAACAGCUUCCAGCUAUACAUUUUGAAAGUGUUCAAUCCAGUGUGACAAGAGCUUGUCAAAAUGUGAAAAGCAAGGCACAAGAACCCAGUGGUCAAUGGGAAGAAUCAACAGAAGCUGCUGAGCUUGAAAAAUUUUGUGUGACCUACAAGAAUGAGAGAAAUUUUAGCAAACAUCCCAAACACAGGCUGUUUCAAGAUAUCUUUAUGGCUUUAGUCAAGAACAGACUCUUUUACAGGGAGUGGGUUACUCAAGCUCCAUCCACCCAUUUUCUUAGAGUAUUGAUCUGCCUGAGAUUAUUAAUAAGGGAUCCAUGCUGUCAGGAAAUGCUUUACAGCUUGGGUGGAAUUGAAAAUCUAGCUCGGUGUAUGGAAAUAGUAGCAAAUAGCUGUCUUAAUUACGGAGAGGAGCAGCAUAAUGUAGACAAGUUGGUCAACAUGACAUUUGAAGAAAACAUGAAGAAAACUGCAACAGAGCCUCAGCAGAGCUGGCAUGUAUUUCCUUCAACUUUGCUAGAGAGGAGUUUUCAACAGGGAGCUUAUCAAGCAAAUGGAAUAUAUACAGUAGCAAAGCUGAUUUUACCCAACAAAGAAAGGAAUGCUGAAAAAGCCAGUUUAUUACACUGUUAUGCUUUCAGAGCCCUGAGAUUUCUCUUCAGUAUGGAAAGAUAUCGGCAUGUUUUCAAAAGGUAUGAUGACAGAUUGUACAUAGUCAUGGAGCUCAUAGAGGGGGUGCCAUUGGGAGAACACUUUCACUCUUUGAAGGAAAAACAACAACAGUUUACAGAAGACAGAAUAUGGCAUAUAUUUAUCCAACUUUGUCUAGCUCUUCGUUAUUUGCAUAAAGAGGAGAGGAUUGUUCAUCGAGAUCUCACUCCAAACAAUGUCAUGUUAGGGGAUAAAGACAAAGUUACAAUUACUGACUUUGGGCUUGCAAAGCAGAAGCGAGAAAACUGCAAACUUGCAUCAGUAGUAGGAACCAUUCUAUACUCAUGUCCUGAAGUUGUAAAGAGUGAGCCGUAUGGAAAGAAGGCUGAUGUCUGGGCUACAGGAUGCAUCCUUUAUCAGAUGGCAACUCUGAACCCACCGUUUUACAGCACCAAUAUGCUCUCCUUGGCUACUAAGAUAGUAGGGGCUAUGUAUGAACCUGUGCCAGAAGUGAACUCUGAAAAAGUGUCAUUUAAAAUUAAGAUCUGCUUGACUCCUGAUGCAGAGGCACGUCCAGACACAGUGGAGGUCAGCUCACUGCUGUCUGAUGUUAUGAUGAAAUACCUGGAUGUUCUAUUCACCUCUCAUCUCACGUUGGAGAAGAAACUGGAUCGGGAGAGGAGACGAACCCAGCAGUACUUCAUGGAGGCUAAUUGAAAUGCAGUAACCUAUCACCAUCAGCUUUCCAUUUUAUCACAAAAAAAUUAUGAGAAGUUGAGUCUUCAUAGUAGCAGCAAUGGAGCAGCCAGUUGCAAAAGUCAGUUUUCAGAAAAAACUGACCUUCCAGUUGACAGUUGUCAGUCUGCAUGUGGAAAAUAUGAGGAAGGAACAUAUGAAGAAAUUCUGGUAGAGGAUCACAGGAUUAUAGAGAAAGGUAUGUUCUCUGAAUUAGAUGCUGAGCUGGACAUACUGGACAACUCAAGCAGCUCCAGUUCAAGUAAUUUGAAAGAGUCUGCUAUUGGUAUAAUUAAACAAAGUUUUAGUACUUCUGGAAGACAACCAAAGAUAAGAGAUUAUGUUGACAGUCUUGGAUCAAGAUUCCGACCAACAUCAGCAGGAAUUGCUGUAUCACAAAGGAAGGUGCAUCAGAUCAGUGACCCUGUUCAGCAGAUUCUUAUUCAGCUCCACAAAAUUAUCUUCAUUGCUCAACUUCCUCCAGCUUUGCAAUGCAACUUGAAAAGGAGAAUCAUUCAGAGGUUCAAGAAGUCCCUCUUCAGUCAGCAGAGCAAUCCUUGUAAUCUGAAAUCAGAAAUGAAAAAGUUGCUGCAAGGUUCUCCUGAAUUGAUUGAGCCCAACAUCUUCACAGCAGAUUGGCAUGUGGUACUUCUUUCUUCAGGUGGAAAUAUGUUGCUUCCAGAUGAUAGAAAAAAUGAACAAUUGCAGACUCUAACUGAAGAGGUUCUAGAGGAAAGUGAUUAUUACAGUUUCUCUUCUAACGGGCUCUACCUCCUCUCCCACAGUGUCACAGGAAGGUGGGAAAGAGGGUUAUGGUUAGUUCAUCAGACGCUGUUCCUACUACUGAUCAGGAAGAAGAGUCCUUCUCCUGCUCAAGCAUGGGGUUCCUUCCACAGGAGACAGUUCUCCACGAAUUUCUCCAGUGUGAGUCCAUCCAUAGGAAGUUGUAAUGAUGCAGCAUGUGUGGGCCUUUCGCAGUGGAAACAGAGUGACAGCACUUCUAGCAGGAAACAAAUUGCCUUCCCUUCAGCCUAUAAUACGUUUCUAGCUCUUCCAGUAGUAAUGGGAAGAAAAAGAACUCCAAAGGCUCAAAAGCCCUCGGAGGACACAUCAAAACACCACAAACUUAACUUGUGA